AUGGAUUUUCAACACAGAGCUGGUGGAAAGACGGGCUCUGGAGGCGUUGCCUCUGAAUCCGAGGCCAAUCGUGAUAGACGUGAAAGGCUUAGACAAUUAGCGCUGGAUACUAUUGAUCUUAAUAAAGAUCCUUAUUUUAUGAAGAAUCACCUCGGGACAUAUGAAUGCAAGCUCUGCCUAACUUUGCACAACAAUGAGGGGAGUUAUCUAGCCCACACCCAGGGUAAAAAACAUCAGUAUAACCUUCAAAAACGUGCUGCCGAACAAGCCAGAGAGUCUCCUGCUGCCAUGCAACCUGAAAAAGCUAAGGUUGAGCCAAAAAAAUUUGUAAAAAUUGGACGCCCUGGAUACAAGGUAUAG